AUGGUCCACCCACAGUGUAGUUCCAGAUUUCGUAAGGGUCUUCAGCACAGCCAAAGAAAACUCCUUAUAGCCCUUGCCGUUGUGGAUCUUCUCACUGCAACUAUAGUUCUUCCGUGUGACAUUGCGCACAAAGUUUUCAUUCUCUUAAACAUUCGCAUCUACUGCGACUUAAACGUGGGCAACCUCGCUUAUGGACUUAUAGAUAACGCAAGGAAUGUUAUGUUUGCACUUGAGGGAAGCAUUCUCACAUCAAUUGCAAUCGACCGGUUCAUAGUUAUCGGGUGUCCCUAUGUGAGGAUUAUAAGCAGCAAAUGGCGAACAUGCACCUCCAGUGUCAGCGAGCUUUCGUCGGGUCAGACAUCGAGCCACGACAUGCUGAAUAAGUCUACUUCACCUCAUAUCACAGGCACUGAAGCCAAUUACACCUCAAAAGCUGUCGCACGUCAAGAUGAAUUCGAACUAUCCCGGAGGUCGGAACGGCAGGCGCAAUCUAUCUUGGUACCGAGCACUCCAUCGAAGCUGCGUCGUCAAUUGUGCGUUCUUCUGCCCAUCACUAUAACCACUUCGAUUUUGUUGAUCUUUGAGGCUGCUGUCUUCGUUUUGCACAUCCAAGAGCAUAGGACGGGGGAUAAGUCUCUUCCAGCUGCCAGGCUAAGAUACUUUUUGAACCGUCUAUACCUAAUUUUAACAUUGGUUACUUUUCCUUUCGUCUGUGGUCCUUACGUUUGUAUUUUUCUGGCCAUACGCAGCCUUGAUAAGAAAAGAGCUCGCCUUCAUAGCCAUGGAUCAGCUCGACUGCCGAGGUCACGGAGAACGGCUUUAACUCUGUUCAUUGCAACUCUCGUGUUUUACCUGACCCUACUUCCCGUGUUAAUAGUUCACUUUGGGAACUGGUCAAAUGACUCUGGAACCCGAGAGGACAUGGCCAAGGAUGUGCAUAUGCACCCAAGCGUAGCGUACAUUCACCACGAGUUUUACUAUAUCAACAACGCUGUAAAUUUUUUCAUAUACUCUUGGGUCUCACCCGCCUUUCGAAGACGUCUCAGAGAACUUCGUAAGAGAAAUUAA